UCACAUGAUUUUCAAAAUGGCGGCCUCCACGAAAACUGUAUCCCAGUUACUGUUUAUUAUUACAUGCUUCUCAUGUAACGUUACAACAAAAACUCCGAAUUUUAUUAUAAUGCUUAUGGAUGAUAUGGGAUGGGGUGACUUGGGAGUGUUUGGUGAACCCAACCGAGAGACAGUCAACCUGGAUCAGUUGGCGAAGGAAGGCAUGAUCUUUCCAAGCUUCUACUCAGCUAACCCACUGUGCUCUCCAUCAAGGGCAGCUUUGUUAUCUGGAAGGCUUCCCAUACGAAAUGGUUUCUACACAUCAAAUGACCAUGCAAGGAAUGCGUACACACCGCAAGAGAUCAUGGGGGGCAUCCCAGACUAUGAGAUUCUACUUCCGGAGAUUCUUAAAGAGGCUGGCUAUAGAAAUAAAAUCAUUGGAAAAUGGCACCUGGGUCAGCAGCGUCAGUACCACCCGCUGAAACACGGGUUCCACGAGUGGUUUGGCUCCCCGAACUGCCACUUCGGACCGUACGACAACAAAGUAACGCCGAACAUCCCCGUAUACAAAGAUGCGGAAAUGGCGGGAAGGUUCUUUCAAGAUUUCCUUAUUGAUACACAGUCCGGAGAGUCAAAUCUCACGCAAUUGUAUAUUCAGGAAGCCCUGACGUUCCUCGAGGCGCAGACAUCCUUGGGCGCACCGUUCUUCCUUUACUGGGCUGUGGACGCCACCCACGAACCGCUCUACGCCUCCAAGCCCUUCCUGGGGAGGUCGCGCAGGGGCAUGUAUGGGGACGCGGUGAUGGAGCUUGACUAUGGGGUGGGGAAGAUCAUAAACAAGCUCCUGGAGUUGGGUGUCGCCGAGAACACGCUCGUCUUCUUCUCCUCUGACAAUGGGGCUGCCACAUAUGCUAAGACCCAAGGAGGCAGUAACGGCCCCUUCCUCUGUGGAAAGGAAACAACUUUUGAGGGCGGCAUGCGGGAGCCGACCAUCGCUUGGUGGCCGUCCGUCAUCAAACCAGGCCAGGUAUCCCACCAGAUUGGUUCACUUAUGGACCUGUACACAACACUGCUGAAACUUGCCGGCCGGGAGCCACCCGCGGACAGAGUGGUGGAUGGCAUCGAUCUGACGGAAGUGCUGUUGAAAAACACGGAAGUGGAGAGACCGCUGUUCUAUUAUCGUGGUAACGAGCUGAUGGCAGUACGUCUCGGCGACUACAAGGCCCAUCUGUGGACGUGGACCAACUCCUUGCAAGAGUUCAACAAGGGUAUUGAUUUCUGUCCCGGAGAGAACAUUGAAAAUGUCACCACGCAUGCGCAAGUGAACAACACCAUGCAGCCGCUGUUGUUUCAUAUUGGGCGCGACCCAGGCGAGAAAUACGUCAUCAGGCCCAACACGGUGGAAUACAAACAGAACAUCGGGGUUCUCAUGGCCGCCGUGCAGGAGCACCGGAAGCAUCUGGUUCCCGGCAUACCACAACUCAACAUGUGUGACCGCGCAGUCAUGAACUGGUCUCCCCCAGGGUGUGAGAAACUGGGUCAGUGUUACCAAGCCCCUUCGCCCAACCCACAAAAGUGUUCUUGGCCACACUAGUCGAGUCACGUGGUAUCCGUCUCCAUAUGCGACUGGACAAAUUUGUUGCCGUUUACAGAAUCUCAAUUUAAGUUGUUUCGACUUUUAAAAAAUAGCUUAUAAAUUGUCAAAUAGUAUGUCAUUGAUUCUAAGUGUAACUGCGAACAAUUCAAAUGUGCCCAGCACUUUGAUACCAGUAUUAAGUGUUAUUUAAUGUUUAGGUACAAUUGCUGUAUAUAGGUGUAGAUUUAGUAUAAUAUAAUAUUAUGGCAAUGUGUUAUUUUGUAAAACUUUCUCAAAGUAAGUUGUUUGCAUACUUUAAUGUGAAAUUACAAACAAUACAAUAACAUUCCAUCAAUGAAUAUGUUUUAUGCGUUAAUAAUAGAUAGUUUUGCCAUUCUGUACCGUUUAAAGGUAUUAUCGUGACUCCCGAAAUAAUCAUAGAAAUGGGUGUAUUAUAUUACAGAUUACUGUCAUUAUUAUUUAUGUCAUAUUUUGGUAUAAUUUUUGCUCAACUUAGCGUUUUUCAAUCAUCUUUUAUUUUGCGGGAUCUACUUUGUAAAAAGGUGUUAAUAAAUUUGUUUUUUAUAUAAUCCAUUAAUGUUUAUAUAUGAAUUAUUUUAAGAAUUUUCAAUGUCAUUACGAACUGGUAGGUGAUUUGUUUAUCAAAUAAAAACAAAACAAGCUA